CCUGCGCUACGCCCGCUGCCUGGCGAGUUUAGACCCGCACAACACGCCCGAGCCUCGGUAGCGACAGCCCCCAGUGCGCCGCUGUCUUCAAACUGCCGUAGUGUCGUGCCUUUAACUGAACCAACGACAGCUACUCGACCACCGAUAAACAAAAAACAAGAAACAAAACGGCGGCCAUGCGGGGGCACACGCUUUUUUCCCUUUGGCUGCAACUUUUCACAGCUUGUCUGGUGUCUGGGGUGAACGGUGAUUACUGUGAGGUAAAUGUGUGCAGUAAUGGUGGAACCUGUGUGACCGGAGCGGGAGCUCCGUUCAUCUGUAUCUGCCCUGAUGGCUUCUCUGGAGACACCUGCAAUGAGACUGAAACUGGGCCCUGCAACCCGAACCCAUGCAAGAAUGAUGCCAUCUGCGAAGUGACAGGCCACUCCCGCCGAGGUGACGUCUUCAGCGAGUACGUCUGCAAGUGCCAGGCGGGCUUUGAAGGAGUCCACUGCCAGAACAGUGUCCAAGGAGCAGAUUUAAGCUCGAUAAAAGACGUGAACGACUGUGCCGGCCAGCCAUGUGAGAAUGGCGGCAUCUGCAGGGACCUGGAAGGAGAUUUCAAAUGCCACUGCCCUUCCCCUUAUGUGGGCAAACAUUGCCAACUGCGCUGCAUUUCUCUGCUUGGUAUGGAAGGAGGGGGCAUUGCUGAAAGCCAGAUCUCAGCCUCAUCGGUCCGCUAUAGCCUGCUGGGCCUGCAGCGCUGGGGACCUGAGCUCUCCCGCCUCCACAACAAGGGACUGGUUAACGCCUGGAGUGCUGCUGCACAUGACAGGAACCCAUGGAUAGAGAUCAACAUGCAGAGGAAAAUGCGUUUCACAGGUAUUGUCACUCAAGGUGCCAGUCGCAUGGGAACAGCCGAGUUCAUUAAGGCCUUCAAGGUGGCCUCCAGCCUGGACGGCAAGACAUACACGAUGUACAGAACGGAAGGACAGAGAAAGGACAAUGUAUUUGUGGGAAAUGUGGACAAUGACGGCACCAAGACCAACUUGUUUGACCCCCCAAUCAUUGCCCAGUACAUCCGCAUUGUCCCUUUAGUGUGUCGCAAGGCCUGCACCCUGCGCAUGGAGCUGGUGGGCUGUGAGCUCAAUGUGUAUUCAAACACUUCAGGUUGUUCAGAGCCGAUGGGCAUGAAGUCCCGAUUGGUGUCUGACCGUCGGAUCACGGCCUCCAGCACCUUCCGCACCUGGGGCAUCGAGGCCUUCACCUGGCACCCUCAUUACGCCCGGCUGGACAAACAGGGCAAGACAAACGCCUGGACCGCUGCUACCAACAACCGAUCUGAGUGGCUGCAGGUGGACCUCCAGUCUCCCAAGAAGAUCACAGGAAUCAUCACACAGGGGGCCAAAGACUUUGGCUCCAUCCAGUUUGUCAUGGCCUUUAAAGUGGCUCACAGCGACGACGGAAAGUCCUGGACCAUCGUGAAAGACGAGACCACAAAGACAGACAAGAUCUUCCCAGGCAACAGUGAUAACAACGUUCACAAAAAGAACAUCUUUGAGCCGCCGCUCUACGGCCGAUAUAUUCGUGUUCUUCCAUGGGAGUGGCACGAGCGCAUCACCCUGCGGAUGGAGCUCCUGGGCUGUGAUGAGUAGCACCGCCCGGUACCCGCCUCCCAACUUCUUUCCUCUCCCCUGCUCCCCCUCUCUCUACCUCCUCCCCCAUUCCCGCCUCCUCUUCCCUCCUUACCUUCUCCCUCCUGAGCCACACCUGCACUGCCUUGCUCUCAGCCCUAGGGGGCAGCAAACACCAGAGUAGCACCUCACCACCACAACCCUGGCUGGUUGGAGGUGGAAGACGUUACCCUUAACCACUCUCACCAGGACCCAGAUUGAGUUAAGCUCACGUGUCUCCUCUUUUUUUAGUUUCCUGAAUUGAUCAGUUAUUUUUUCCACCUGAACCAAAUCUAUGAUCACUGCAGGAAACAGUAUAUCUUCUUUGUUACUAAGCAGAGCUGGGAUCAGAUUUUUUUAUCCCAGCUACCGGCUAAAUCAAAGGUGGUGAAUCCCUCAUCCCUGUGUCAGAGGUCAGGGGUAACAAUACUCCUGCUGUAUCAGUUGGUGCUGCCUGGACUCUGAUCCUAUAUAAGUUCUACCUGGAACAUUGAACCUCCAAGACCCACGGCUGGUGAUGUACAUAAGCUCCAUUUAACAGCUUGCACACGCCCUAUAACCAAACACUCGAUCUCCCCCCCAAGACACACAGAAUAUAUAUAAUCUUUACAGGAUACAUUGAUGUUUUUGGUUGAUUAUUUUUCUUGUUGAGACAGUUUUUGUUUUUUGAGAAAAAAAUAAUAGACUAAAAAUCUCAAGAUGUCCCUCUGUGUGUGCUACAGUAUUCCCAGUAUUUUCCUGCAGUCCAUGUUUUCUACAAUAGAGCAUGUUUGAACUGCUUAAGAGGACAACAUUGAAGGUUAACACUAUUCACUUUGGUGAAACAUAUAUGUGUAGUAGCAAAUAGCAGAAGUGCGAACACCCCACUAUCUACAAAUCCUUAUUUUUACUGAACCUGUGUGUGUGAAAUUGAAGUCCAGCUUUUACAAAGUUACUCAUUUGGCUGAAAUCAGGGUGUAGUUUUGUCCCAACACACCCUCAGGUUUUUGUUUUUCUGUGGGUACAUGUAGAAAAAUAUAGUAUGGUGCAGUGAUGCAGAUUCACACAAAACAAAGAGGAUUCAAAUUCAUUAAAUCUCUCUUUGUGGGACAUGAUCAGUCAAUGAACCAUCAGCUUAGUCAGUUUAGCAGCCAAUCAGAGGUGAUCUCUAAGCCAGAGGAGACGCCCUCAUUGACAGACAGGAUGUUAUAAAUACAAAAAUUUAAAAUCAUUGUUUAGUGAAAGAGAAACGAGGCACUUUAUAUCUGUUAAGGAAAUGAACUAUAGUUGUUGAGCUGACUGAGAUUUACGCAUGCUGCUGUGGUAUGACAUCUUCAGCCAAAAAAAAGGGCAUUUUACACAACAGUUCAUGUUUUGAAGACUUACAUUAUUCAUUCAGAAAAUUAUUUCACCUUUGGCAGUAACUUUAUGUAGUCGCUUAAUCACAGUUUUUUUUUUUUUUUUUUGCAGUAUUCAUAUGUUGGCUGCAGAUGUUUAUCAAAUUUUCUGAGGUAUUUUAUUUUUAAAAAAGUCAUUUUCAUGGUCAGUUUAUGGUCAAUUAGUCUCAUCUGUCACAAGCUGUUUGAGGUGGAAUGAUUAUCAAAGGAAGCUUGCGUUGAGAUUUUUCUCGCUGUCUUGAUUCUCAGAACAACUUCAGAGCUGGACACUUCAAAUCAAUUUUCUACUGCCGACAGGAUUUCUGGAAUAACAGAUCAGUCACACUAGUGUUUUGCAAGAAUGACAGUAUUAAGUCAAUAAUCGUACAAAAAUUUGCUUGUAUUACUUAUUGGUUCGCAUCAUAAACUUAGAUUAACAAUAGUGUAGAGGCUGCAAAAGUUAAAAAAUUAAUGAUGGACGUCUCAGGUCAAAGCAGAUCUGCUCCUAAUGUACAGCAAAUGCUGCUGAAACGCUACUAAUCCGCUCACUCACUCACCCACUCACUCACUUGGCUGUGCUUCUAGUUUUGUUAUUCCAAUUUCACUUUUUUUAUGGCACUUUGAUGUUUGUGUUUUGCUAUUUGAAAUAUCAAAAAAAACAAAAAUAGAACCAAAAAAAAAAAAAAAACCCCCCAGAAUUGUUCAUUGAAAAACAAACUGUAAACAUAUUCAUUAUUCCCUGUAGAGGCAAAAAAAAGAAAAGAAAACAGACUCUCAGCGCAGUGUCUUUAUUAGAAAACUGAGGUUUGAAAGUCUGGGGGAAUCCCUUGCCUUGGUUGUUUAGUGGUAAUAUGUGACGUGCAUAUAUUCAGUACUUUUGUACUGGAAUCCGUUCAUGUUAAUAGAUGUUAAUGUUUACUGCAGACCAUUUAUUUAGGGUCCAACCUCAUGCCUCCAGUUCAAAGCUGCGGCACCACUGAUAAGACUGUAAGAGAGAAACCAAAUUAAAACUGAUUUUUACGGUUCCACUGGACAUGUGACAUGACCCUCCCUAUCAUCCACUUCUGCCCCCCCCCCGUCACAGUAUUCUAAACGUUUCCACCCCAUGAAUUAUGAAUUAUGGGCUUGUGCAAUAUUAUACUGUGUUAGUUUUGAUAACAAAGAAUAUUCAUUCAAGAUCCUUAAAAAUGCAUGAGGGUAUAACAGUGCCACUGAGAGGUCGAGGAUGGAUGUUGGUGUCAAACACUGUACAAUAUUUAUUGUCGCAGACGAUUCCAUAAGAAGUCGCUCGUUAUCCACGUCUGCAUGCAUCUUAUUGACCAGUGUUGCUCAGUUUAAGUUGAACCGAUAUGAAUUUAGUGGUGACAUAGUUUCAUUUUUUUCUAGAUGUUCAUCAACAUUCAAACUAUUGUAGAUCUCUUGUUGCCCCGCUGUUCAGGUUUUCUAUGAUUGAUCCAAAAAAAAAUUGAUAACAUUGAUGUGUUUUUAUGGUAUUAUGAGUUUGUUUCUUGCUAUACUGACUGUUGACCUCAUAGAAUUUUGACUGGAUUUGGAUCUUUUUUUAUUCCAGUGUUGUGUUUCUAAGAGGAUCCCUUUAUGUUUGGCCUUUGUAUCUUAAAAUGAAGAAUAAAUAAAGUAUUUAAAAAAACCAAA